CGCUGAGCACGAAAGUAAAAACGCGUUGUGCGUGCCGAAGACAAGAACUUUCCCAAAAUGUGAUUAAAGUGAUCAAUUUGUGUUUGAUAACUAUUAAAAUUAAUUAGAAGGAAACUCAAAAUGCAGUGGGUUAACUGUGUUUUUUUCAUUUGCUCAAUUUUCGUCUUAGACAUUCAUCAAUCUACCUCAAUUGUACUUAGAAGUUACGUUUCCGAACAUGGACUUCAUGGAACAAUCACUUUCACUAAAAAUGGUGAUGAAAUAAUCAUCACCACCAAUCUGGAAGCGACUUUGGAGUUUCCAAACUCCGCCUGGUCCUGGUAUAUAACUGAAUUCCCAGUCGAUUACACUCGCAUUGAAAAUAGAUGCGAUCGAGAAAAAAUUGGGAAAAACCUAAUCAACCUUGAUGAACUGUUCGGUUAUUUGAUUAUACCGGACAACCAAUCAAGUACAUUUACUAGCUCUGAUCUAACAGUGAAUGGGAAGAGCGGCCUGUAUGGAAAGACCAUUCUCCUGGAUGAAGUUGACACAGGAAGAAAGGUAUGCGCCUCAAUAACAAUGUUGGACAAAACUCAGGAAAAAAUCGCUGUAGCCAGAUUAAACUCGCCAAUAGCCGGCAAUGUUUACUUCAGAUGGUUUUACACCAAAGACAACCACAGCGACAUGCUGAUCACGACUGAUUUAUACCAUUCGCAAAAAAGGGAAGUGUAUGGAAAGUAUCUGGAUUUCACCGAGCAUUCGUGGAAAAUCUAUGUAACCGACAUCUUCGACGACUCAGACCGAUCAGAAGAAAACUGCAACAUUCUGCAGUUGGUUUUUGAUCCCGAAAAUAGAGGUGAAGGCCAUGCCUUGGGAGAUGUGAACAAAAGACUAGGAAAAGUGAAGGUGUCAACCAACUACAAUCGAAACAAGUACAAGACUUUGUAUCAGGAUAAUGAGUUAAUUUUGCUACCCAGUGACUUAAAUGGACCCCAAAGAAGGCUAUACGUGGUGAUUUUCGAGAAGAAGCAUGAGGACGUUUUCUUGGCUUGCGCCAAGAUUAGAUAUGAGCACCCUGUAACUUCGAGGAUAGUCAUUCAAUCAGGAGGCAUCAAGGGCGACAUCAAACUGACUCAGAACAACCGGUUUGAGGCCACCUUUCUGAACUUCAACCUCAGCACAGCCCGAGGGGACUUGGAAACCCGAAUAGUGUUUGGUUCAACUGUUGCAGGAUACAAAAUCCAUGAAUUGCCCAUCAAGCCUGCAAAAACUGUCGGCCAGAACGAGAACUCGUGUUUAACUACCAAGUUCGUUUACAAUCCCAGAAAUACAGACGUAGCUUCUAUUCCACCCAAUGGACUGGGCACUCAGGAUCAGUAUCCCAUUGGCGAUUUGUCUGGCAAACUUCUAAACCGAAACAAUGCCUCAGUAGUCAUCCCUGGAAGCCAAGAGCUAAAUGGAACCUUCUGGGAUGUUUAUCUGCCCCUCCAAGGUGUGCACUCGAUAGUGCAUCGCUCUUUGGUCAUUUAUAAAAACACUCAAUACCCAACAUCUGAAGUGGUGGCAGAACCAUGGAUAUGCGGAGCCAUCAGUUUAUAUGAAUCAAACUUCGAAUACCAAACGCAAAUGUUCACUGCUGAAGUGGUUUUCCGUUACCCCACAGUAGGCAGAAUGCUCAUGAGACAGGUGAAAGACGCGCCUUGGAUGGACACAACCGUAAUGCUGGAAUAUCUGGUCCAUGCAGAUGGGGCUCAGCUGAACAAUUCCGCCGACCAUCGAUGGGCUAUCCAUGAAACCCCACCGGGAAAAGACUUCUACGACUGGCAAAAUCGAUGCAUCAGCGCUGGGAAUGUUUACAAUCCCUUCAAGAUUGACUACGAUAACACUUCAAGUGUAGAGCAAUGCAGCCAAGAGGCGAUUGGACUUUGCAGAGUGGGCGAUUUAUCAAAGCGCCAAGGGACGCUCCAGAUUUCUGGAAAAAUUGCCAACAGUGACCGAAUUUCUAGGAGGCUUUGGACAGACACCCGUCUACCUUUAACAGGACCUCACAGCAUUUUAGGGAAAAGUUUUGUGCUCUAUGAUGACCAUGGUCCGCAGGCCAGAGGGGAAAGACUAGCUUGUUCGCGAAUUGGUGGUGUGUAUCGACGAAAAGUCGUAGCAAAAGAUUGGUUUCCUAAUGGUGGAGAGUUGACUAUGAAAGGAAAAAUCGAGUUUCUUCAGCAAACCGAAUACGACAUUACAAACGUGGAAGUUAGCUUUGAAGGGCUUGAAGGAGCCAGCGGCUACCAUGUUCACAUUACUCCAGUGGAAGAAUACCUUCAAUUUCCUUGCGAAGCCACAACUCUUUACGGCCAUUGGAACCCAUUGAAUGUGGAUCCCACCUCCUCUCCCACCCGGUACCAUGGUACUCCCGAUCAGUACGAAAUGGGCGAUUUGAGUGGGAAGUUUGGGAAUCUGGAAAAUGCCACCAUUUACAAAAGCUUCUACAAUGACACUAUGUUGCCGAUUUUUGGCCCAAGAAGCAUUUUGGGCCGAUCCAUCAUUAUCCAUAAGAAGGCGGGCAACAAACGAUGGGUCUGUUCUACCAUAGAGCGCGGCUACAGCCCUUCUGAAGCGCGUGAAAUUCGCGCUAUUGCCUCUUUUCAUCAUCCUUUGGGAUAUGCAUAUGGGUAUCUGAAAAUGAAACAGCUAAUCUACAGCGAUGGAAGCAGCAGCGAUACCACCAUAGAGGUGAAGCUAAGACAUCCAGGCAAAAAUGACCGCAAUAUUACUAGGGAUCAUAACUGGGCCAUUUUUGUCAAUCCUGUAGGAGUGGAUGCAGCUGUAAAAACCCAAGCAACAAGAUGUGUGGCUGGCGGUUAUGUGUGGAAUCCUUUCUACACCCAAUUGGCGGAUCCGUUAAAUGAAGAGCUUUAUCGCCAAGAGUGCGGGCCUGAAAAUCCUCUUCGUUGCUACGUGGGGGAUUUAUCAGCUAGACUUGGAACCAUCGAUAUUGGGCUGCAGAGGAAAAUGUUCAUUGAUUCCAAUUUUCCUUUGGAAGGCGAUGUUACAGCAGUUGGCCGAUCCAUAGUGAUUUUGAGCCCGGAUAGAAGAAGCGACAAAUAUGCCUGCGCCAACAUCGAGCCGGACUAUGAUAUUAUUAAAUAUGUGAACAUCGAAAAACCACCCAGAUUUGUCGUAGCGCAAUUUAUCGAGGAUGUACGCGAAGUGAUGGGUAUUCCUGAAUGGUUCCUCACAGUUGAUACUCGCAAAACCAAAACUCUUUAUACAAACGCCUGCGUUCAGUUGCUGUUGCACUUUAAGGGGCCAAUCGCUACUAAGUUGGAGCAGGAUUUUAACAGAUUGCUCACAAUUGGCCGUCUGGAAAGCCCCACCCUGUAUAUCCCCGGAUUUAUCAAGGAGAAGAGGAAGUCGAAGAUUUCAUACAAACUAUGCGGAGGAAGGGAUCCUAAUGAAAAAAGCCGCAAACAAUCCAGCUUCCUCUUUUCCAGUUCGCGCGCUGCAUCGAAGCAUCAGUUUUGCGGAAUUGUAUUUAUUUGUCUAGUUUUUAAGUAUUUAUUUUUGUAGAAUAUCGCCUUCUUUGUAAAUAGUACAUAUUUAGAUUGUCGAUGUACAAAUAGCUAGUUUUUGUAAUAUAUUUUUGUUCAUAAA